GUACUUAAAAGCACCUCAAUGGUAAUGUUGUUCUGAUUGAGAUGCUGAACAUCAGCAUCAGCCCCACCAGGCCCAUCGUCUAUUCUGCCAUUUGUGUUCUCCCUAGAGGGCUCUGCUGCAUCGUUCCGUUCAGCGGCGAAGGGCUGCAUUACGCGGGGAUAUCAGGACUGGACACCGUCCAAAAUCUGCGGUGGUUGAAGAGCGAAGUGACAUUACUCGAUGAAUAUACAGGACUUGAAUUACAUGGAACCAAGCUACUGCAUUCCAAAGACCGAGGCGCCGUGACAUUUCUACUGCUCAGGCUGUAAAGGAGCUGGCUGGCUGAGAACACCUUGGACUGACAUUGGAAGAUAUACACAGAAGGAACCUUAAAUUUGCAUUCAUAGAAGACGUCGGUAUAAAAGAACACUUAUCCGGUGCUUCAAAUCAAGGCGAAGUGCUUCAGAAAAGCAGUCAAAAUGCCCGAUGAGACGUUAAUGCUUUGUACGUGUCUGCACAUCUGGGACAAGUAUGGGAGGUUCUUCACAUCACGAGGAUGAACAAUGAUGGCGCGAACUGGUAUUAAGAGAACAUCAUCCGGUGUGACAUUUGAAUCAGCUGCUAAGUGGCUGUGAAUGCUGACGUGUGUGUGUCGAAGAUUGAUCGGCCUGUACAUGAUGACCGUGGCAUUUCCCGCCCAGUCAACGAGUCGCAUUUCGGAAAAUACUUCGGACCUUCUAUGACAUUCAACGACCAGCAUGGAGGACAGGUGGCACUGAGACUGUCUGUGGAAACCUCAUUUCGUUUUAUUGUUCACUGUGUACUCGCAUGGAAUAUAUUGCAUCCAAGGAACGCAUCAACCACUAGGGAGACAUGAAAGAUAUUGCCAAAUAGGCAUGCAGACAAGAGAUAGCAGAAAGUGUUACUGAUGUGGAACUUCUACAAUCUCAUGAAUUACAACUUCCAGAAAAAUUGCUGCGGUAUGGAGUAAACUGGCUGACGGAAUGAGUUUCCAGACUUCGUAGUCUGAGGACUCUUUACUUUAAACCGUUGUAUUUUCGAAAUCAAAGAAGACUCAAGGCUGACGUUCAACCCCCUUUGCGAGCGUCUAGAACUUUGUAGCCCGAGGAAGAGACGUUUACCUUGUUUCUGGGGAACAUACUUUAGGUACAAAGUUAUUACCCCAUUCCAGACAGUAAAGGUAGAUUAUGGACGUCAUAAGGCAUUGCCGCCCUACUGAUGGACGCAGAUGAUGUUUUUCAAUUCCAUCCACUGGCCAGUCGAGACGACCAGAUCUACGUUAUUAUGGAUACCAAUCAUUCGGUGCUAUCUCUCAUGUAUAUGGUUGCAUCUCUCUGAAAUCGUCUGGUGCAAUUAGAGACCGGGUUUCAUCGAUGCCGUACCCUGUGCUCACGGCCUUGUUAUACUAAUAUUUGAGAGGUAACUGAGGGCAUGACAGAAGGCACCUCAACCGUUGCAUGUUCCAAAAGAGAUGCAUUGCCGCAAGGAGAUCGAUACGGUUACCGAACCCGGACAAGUAACGUGAUAUGGUCUGAUCCCUGGUGGGCUGUGCUGAAUUUGGCAUGAAAAGCUGCCAGGAGGUGCAAGUCAAGUAGCAGAUAAGACCUCACGGCGAAUAAGGCGAACACAGCAGAAAGAAGCGGACCUGGAUCCGGAGAUGCUGCCAUCUUCAUGCUGCAUACGCUAACAAGCCGUAUGAAAUGAAUUGCCAGUUCCCAUGGUGUUAAGCUGGUAAAAAGUAAAUUACAUCGACAUCAAGCUUCAUGGAAACAGAGCUCCCAUUGAGUUCGAUCCAAGCUGCCACAACAUGAAAGUGUUGAACUCGGCUGUGGUGAAGGCAAAAAUAAAAGUGGUGAUUGAAGACUUGGAGGAAGUGCUACAGGAGCUGAAGAAAGUUGCAGCCGAACUUCGCGUAAUCAUCGAGCAGAUCGACGAUAUUACUGCAAGGAUAGACCAGGAGGAGGCUCGUGUGAAGUCUUUGCAGCUUCUUAAAGGUCGUGAAGACAGCAUGAUGUCACUUCUUGAUCCACGCGGCCGACCGAAUGGUCAGCUCAAAAUUCAAACUGCCCACUGCAACCACAUCUCGGACAUCACGGGGGGUGCCAGGAGCCGGACCAGGUGUGAAUAUCCCGACAUUCUGGUGUCCAGUCCUCCACAGUUUCAGCAUCUACGAGAGACCGCUAUUGUAGAUACGCAGCUGUUCUAUUCCCUUGGUGCUGAAGGUGGUCAUCGCCAAUAUAACACCAUUGAUACAAGCGAGUUGAGGAAAAUGCAGUCUGCUUCAUGCGUGGAGACAAAGUCGCAAACUCUAAGGACCCCAGGCGAUUGUAGAUAUUCGCCUGUUGGCGCCGAAAGUGAUACGGGCGAUGGUCAAUCUCGUAAGUCGUGCACACUUGACAGACGCAGUGAUUCUGCAACCACACGGCUGGUGACCAUGAGGAAUGGGCCAAUCCGAACAGUCUCUGCCGUCAACACAUCAAGUACAAGUGUUAGCAAACUUAUAGAGUCUGAGGAGGCUCUGGAGACAUGCCGACAGGACACUCACUCCUACGUGCUGCACGGGACCAGGCUGAUGCACACCUGCUCCGGGAGGGACUGCGGUGGGCACAGAGACACGAGUGGUGACAGCGACAGCGUCCUUACAAUAGAGAGUACCGGGAGGCUUGUCAAAGGUCGGACGAGAAACGAGGAGUACAUUUGUGGCGACUCAACUUCUUCUUCGUCGAUAUCAGUACACGACGAAACUGUAUCCAUGAUGAGAAAGUCGACGUCAGGAUGUUUUAGUUGCGCCGCGGCGUCCAACACGGACUCUAACGAGGAGCUCGCCGUGACCAGGUGCCUGAGCACGAGGAGGACGUGGCGUUCACAGACUGUUUCAGACGCUCGUCGUCGCUUUUUCCGCCCGAAAGUCGAGCUGCGUAACGGUACCGGGAUAAGGUAUCAUACGAUGGACGAUCAUGGUAUGAAGGCAGAUACCCACUUUAGGGAAAGUGGAGGGGCACAUUCAGUAUUAACUGACUCACAAACAUGGCUAGUCAGCACUGGCUCACAAACAACUGAAGAUAUUUCAGACGUAGAAGCUGACGAGCGAGUGAAGAACUACUUAAGGGAUUUCGUCAACCUAAGAGACGAAAUAACAAAAUUAUGACACAUCACAUGAAUA